AUGAUCAUCGCUUCCCCCACCAUGGGGACCAGCUUUGACGAAUCGGUCGCUCAUAUCAAAGGGUUCAUUCGCAACAGAGAGGAUACCCUUGUCCUGGGCAAACGAUCACGUGACGGAAGACACAUUGCCUCGGUCGACACCAGGCAUAGACCCCCAAACAAAUGGCAUGCAAUGCCUAAAGACGAACGGAACGCAAUCAUGGAAGAACGCAAACGAAAGAAGCGCAAAAUUGAACAUGGCGCCAAGAAGGACAAGACAGCUCCCAAGGAUUCUGGAGCAGGCAAGAAAACUGACAAGAAAAAUGGCCGAACUACUUUCAAAGAAUUGAAACGCCGUAUUGCCAAGCUUGAAUCCAAGGAGUCUGCCCGUACACAGGAUGGCAAUGACAACGAUGACCGGACUGGAGGCAACACUCCUGGUCAUGCUGCCAACGGAAACCGCACCAACCCUGCGCUAAACCGUGGCCAACCAGGUGAUAACGACUGA